AUGCUCGGAAUAGCUGCAGUAUUAUUAGGGCUUAAUCAUGAAAGACAAGAAAGAAUAGAAGCAAGAGAGCAGUUAAAAUUGCGGCGUAAUUUUUUGAGAGAUAGCUCUGAUCCAUUUAAUAUUGGAGAUGACGUGUUCAAAAAAAUGUACAGAAUGUAUCCUAGAGUCACCUUAUUAUUUAUACAAAUGAUCGAAAAUUUUCUGCCAGUACACGAAUUAGCGGUAGAUCCUCGAUUGCAAGUUUUGGCUGUUUUAAGAUUUUUAGCUGAAGGUUCAUACCAGAAAGGAGCUGGUAAUGAUUUACAGCAUCCAAUGAGCCAACCCACCUUCAGUAAAUAUUUAUACGUUGUGAUAACAGCCAUCAAUAGACUUAGAAAUCGAUAUAUUCGUUUUCCUGUGACGCACGAGGAUCGUGAAAAUAUACAAGCAAAUUUCGAUCAUCGUUUAGGUUUUCCUGGAGUCAUUCGAGCCAUUAAUUGUACGCUGAUAAAAAUUUUUACACCGAGCGACCACGAAGAAGCAUACGUGGAUAGAAAAAACAAUCAUUCUUUGAAUGCACAAAUGAUAUGUGACAUGAAUUACAGAAUAUUAUCUGUAAGAAUAUGCAGUGGAUCCACAAAGGAUCGAUAUGUUUGGCGACACAGUGUAAAUCCGAACUAUAUGUAUCAUAUAAGGGAAAACGUGCAAGAGGAACCCUACUAUUUAAUAGGGUGCACCCACGGUCAAUGUAUGUACAAGGAAACACGGACCAACAGAAACGUGGCCAUCAAGUGGCACACCUAUCAAGCAACACUCGUCAAGAGCAACGCCACCCAUGCAUCCUGUCUCUAA